AUGAACUCGAAGUUGAAUUUUUUCGUGGCCCUGUUCAGAAGAAAUUUUGUGAGCAUCGCCUUCCCAUCUUGUGUUUGUUGGUCCAUCUACGCAGAUUGGUCACACACCAGAAAUUACAAAUUAGCGAAAGCCAGGGAAGCCAUUAAGGAUAGUGAAUUGAUCACUCAGAAAAUGCCCUUCAUAAGGCCAGGUGCCCUAACAAAAGAUUUAGUGAACAAAUUAGUGUCGGUGGGAGUGCCCAUGUCGGCAUUGGUUGUUGGUUGGUACCUGGAUAAGUUGAACGACGAGAGGUACAGGUCAUAUCAUAACAAGAGUGCCCUCUAUGGAGGUAGGGAUCUCAAACCUGGUGAAAGAUUGUGGUGA